GUGACGCCCCACCUUCGAGUUUACAUUCUGUCAGGAAGAAGGAAGUCGCGCGACCUUGUGGUGCAGUAGUGUGCAGAAAUCGGUGGAAAACAAAAUGUCGCUCCAAGCUUCAGGAAUAACCAAACCGGGGUUCAUCUCUGGACUCCGGCUCUCUAAAGAUCACCUGACCAUCGCCGUUCCUGUUGCAGUGGCCGCGGCUGUAGGAACAUACCUGCUCACCAGAUACCUCAGCAGCCGGAGCGACUCCAAAGGGAAGGUGAACCUGGAGAUCAACAAGGACAACGCCAAGGUGGUGCACAGCUUCGAUAUCGAGGACCUCGGAAAGAAGGCCGUCUACUGCCGCUGCUGGAGGUCCAAGAAGUUCCCCUACUGUGAUGGCACUCACACUAAACACAACGAGGAGACCGGAGACAACGUGGGUCCACUGAUCAUCAAGAGGAGAGACGCCUGAGUGGCCGAUCAUCACCCUGCUGCUGUGUUUGAUUUACUGAGAAACGGGUUGUGUGUGUGUGUGUGUGUGUGUGUGUGUACAUGAUUAUUUCUGUAACAUCAUUACUAUAUCAGAUCAGAUAAUAACCUCACAGCAAAAUCAACUACUAUCAUCAUUCACACUGACGCUGUGUGUGAACUGAGACAUAACCACAAACCCUUAACAGGUUCACAGACUGCAUUUCCUGUUGAUGUUUCUCGUACCCUGUCUUCUUUUUCCGUCCGUUUAGACCAACUACACUACAAACGAAUGUUUCACUCUUGAACCUUAACGGAUGUGUAAGCAAUUUAUAAGGACGAUUAUUAUGAACCCUAAAGUGUUCUUCAUAACAAAAAAGUGUUUGUUCAUGAUCUCAGUGUUUAAGUGUGAGAUGUGGUACUGUAGUAUUACUAGUAGUAAAUAACUUCUCAUAGCAAUCUCCAUACACUGCUUCUGUGGCGCAUGUGUGAUCACCAUGGACAAGGAUUUGGAUGUUUUUCCCCCACCUUCUCCAUAUAUCUGUUUCCUCAGCUUUCUCCGGUUUUCAUCCCAGCUCCUAAAACCAUGCAGAUUGGCUAAAGCUAAGAUAAAUAGCUCCACAAGAUUGAACAAUGCUGCUUUCCCAUUGUAGAUAUGUUCCUGCUUCACAUCCAGUGUUCCCUGGAUUUACCUCUAACUCUGAGAACGUGUAAAGUAACCAUAAUCACUGUUACUGCAUUGCUUCAGUGUUUGAAGGUCGAAUAAACCUACAUAUCGAAAUCUAUGGUAAAAUUUUGUCCACAGUAACACAGAUGUAUGAUUUAACAGCAGUGAGUGAGAUUUGAGUUUCUGUUCUUUUUUUUGUUGUUAGUCUGUGGAAAUCGCACAAACACAGCUGCAGUGGUUAGGCGGUCGGUUCUUAUUUUUCUAGAUACUUUUCCUAAAGCGGAUUUUCUGAACUCCUAAUUCCCAGCUGCUGUUGUAGAUCACAUGCAUAAGCAAAUCGUCUCCAAAAUAUAUUACUGCGAUAUGAUGCAUAUGUGCUUUUGAAAAGUAUUAAACGUGAGAUUGGGGCCGGGGAGUGGCUUGGUGUUUAACCUGUUUGCCUCAUGCCUCAGGAGAUAGAGGUUCCUCUACCCUGAGUUUGCAUGUUCUACCUGUGCUUCAGGUGUUUCUUCCUGGUACUCCGGUUGUCCAGAGGCAUGCCUUGUAAGCCUUGUUUGGCAUCUCUAAAUUGUCUCGUGUGUGUGUGUGUGUGUGGAUUCGUCCUCCCUGUGAUCAUGUGUAUGAUAAACGGUUCAGAAAGUGGUUGGAUGAACACACUCGGUUAACAAAAAAGAAGAACUUGGUUGUGAUUGUUACGUUAUUUGGGAUAGUGGUGUAUAUGAUGUAUGUUUUCUUGGAUGAGUGAAACAUUAUAUUUUAAAUAAAACUUGUUGAAAAUGUAUAUAAUAACUCAUUUUACAAGUGCACUGGUGUUCCAUUCAGUUGACGGUACAGAAAUCGACUUAUGGGACAUUUUUUUUAAUCGGUAUAAAGAAAUGAAUGAU